AUGGAUUUGCCGGACGACAAUGCUGCCAUGGUGACGCACCUCUCGCCCAGCACACACGCUGAUGUCCUGUCCCUUAUACGACUGACAGGGCCAGUAAACGACGAAGUUGAGGAAGGAGACCUGACCUGGUGCGCUGCUGGGCUUGAAUCGCUGCGGUCCGUGACGUGGGAUCGCGUCAAGGAGGCCACCUGCAGCGACGACGACAUGCGUGCACUGGAGGAGAUAGCAGCGGACGGCUUCCCCGAGUCGAGGACAGGAAUGCCGGUGGCCAUUCGCAACUUCCACCAAUACCGCGAAGACAUUACAUCUGCUGAUGGGGUGGUCCUGUACAAGGACAGAGUGAUCAUUCCACCCUCGCUCCGUGCUCUUCCUGUGUCGCCAUUGCCGUCCAGUCGUGUGUGCAGCCCGGUGACACCUGUGGUGGAGUCUGGGCCCACCCCGCCGCCGACGCAUCCACCUGCGGGCUCUCCCCGCCGCGGUUUGCGGCCAGUUUCCCUCAUGCCUGCGGUGCCAGCCCGGGACAUCCCUUGUACUCCGCCACCGGACUCUGUGGCCCCCUUGGCCCCUUCGCCGCCGGCUGCGUCGCCAGCUACGGAGUUACGCCGGUCCACCAGGAAAGCCGGUGUGCCUGCCUGGCAUGGGGACUAUGUCUUGGAAUAG